AUAUUUCAGAUAUGGUAUGAGUAAACAUACUUUGCGAAAAACGUGUAUAGCGUCUUCAUUAAAUUGAUAUCAAAUAGAAACGAGGAUUUGGCCACUCGGAGCGUACACUAAACAGUAUUACGUAAGUAAUCACACAAUUACUAGUCAGCAUAGAUGAUUAUGCACUUUUCUUAUCGAGAACAUAGUAGUACGGCUUAGUCACGUUGCCACAAGAGGUAUACGACAAUACUGUUUUAAGGUAAAUAGCUGUAGACAUGGCUACAAUUCCAAUCGUCGAUUUCGGUCAGUGUAGCGUUGGUCGUGAACACGUUGGGACAGAUCAACUACAAAAAGUCGGAGAGGAAAUAUACAAUGCGUUCACAAAUGUUGGUUUUGUUUACCUCGUCAAUACUGGAAUACACAGCACUUCGGUUGACGAGGUAAAUAAAGUAGCUUUGGAUUUCUUCACAAAACCUGAAGAUGAGAAAUUAAAGUUUGGUAGAAAUGUCAACAAUUUCGGAUACGACUCUAUUGGAAAGGAAAAGUUAGAUGAUGGAAGCCCAGGUGAUUAUAAGCUUUCAUUUAACAUGGCUUGUCGCACGUAUAACGACCCAUGCAUUAAAUGGCCGGAUGAAUUAGUUCCACAAUUUUCUUCCACCGUGAAAUCAUUUAUGAAAGAUUGCAAAUGUCUUGCUCUCAGAAUUUUGGAUUCUUUAUCAUUUGGGCUAAAAUUACAGGACAACCAACAACUAUCAGCACUUCAUGAAUCGAUUCUAUGUGCAAAUAAUCAUUCUUCGUUACGGUGCCUUUAUUAUCCACCUAUUACACAAGAGUUAGAGAAAGGUCAAAUACGAUUGCUUGAACACACCGAUUAUGGCCUAAUGACACUUCUCUUUCAAGAUUCUGUUGGUGGAUUGCAGAUCAAAUCGCGAGAUGGGACUUAUAUCGAUGCCUGCCCAAUACCAGACACUGUUUUGAUAAAUGUGGCAGAUUUGUUACAAUACUGGACACAUGGAGACCUAAAAUCUACGCCACAUCGCAUCUUGGUUCCAGAUGAUACAACUAAGAGGGCUACCCCACGACAAUCGAUUGCUUUCUUUGUCCAUCCUUCUGAGGACUUGCUGGUUUCAAACACAUUAUUUAAACAAGAAAGAAAAUUAACUGACGAAACAACUUUACGAAAUUUUUCAAAAAAAGACUUGGAGAAAAUGACAGUUGGUGAAUAUGUGCAGAGUCAAUUCAAUAGAACGUACACACGAUAACUUCAAAUUAUCAUUAAGUUUAAAUUUUAUGAACUCACUUAUAGAGUAUAAGUAUGUUGGAUUUAAACUGUUUAUCUCCAAAGAGGAAAUAUGCGAGUGCUGUGUUGUGUUCUUUUUUCCGCACUAGUAUAUAUGCAAAUGCUUGAUUUUUUGUAUAAUUACUAUUGGUGACUUGCAUGUAGCUUCGUAAACAUAAAAUACACAAACCAAAUACACAAACAAAUUGUAAGCCAUUAUUACUUUGAAUAUAUUUUUGCAACGAAACUAAAGAUCGCCGAAUAUUGUCGUUUUUUUUAUUUAAAAAUCUCAAUCUUCUAUAUUGGAGUGCAUCGUAAUUUCAUUGUCGUCCGUAUGCUCCGCGUCAUAACGCAGUUUUGCGUACUUGCUCUCAAAAAAUCCCGCCUGAAUAAAAAUAUACACGGUGUGAAAAGAA